GCUGGUGGCUUUCGGAGGGUCGCGAGUCGAGAUGCAACUCAGUACGAGUUGAACGAGUGCGAGAGAUGGAAGAGGAGUUACGGUGUAGUCAGUGUAGUGGGUUUUACCACGUGCCGGUAUUGUUAGUGUGUCAUCAUGCCUUGUGUCUCGCCUGUGCCGGCGCCCUUCAGAAACCAGCGGCAGCGGCGCCUCCUCCUCCUCCUCCUCCUUCCCGCGCCGACGAAGAAGGCAGCAGUAGUAGUGGUGGUAGUAGUCUGGUUCCUCCUGCCGAGGAGCACGAGACCUCCGAAGUGGAUAAACUGUCAGUGUUGAGUGACGCCGACUCGGGCGUGUCGUGCAGCUCUCGCCCCACAAGUUUGGUCGGGGCUUCGGAGGAGAGAGGAGGCGGAGGAGGCAGCGGCGGCGGAAACAGCAUCAGCAAUAACAGCGAUCCCCCUCCUCCUCCGCCCGUGUAUACGAUAACCUGCCCGAAAUGCGGCGUCGCCACGCCUACGGACGAAUCGGGCGCCCAAGGGCUCACUCGGUUCCGAGUCCUGGCGGCCGUCGUGGACAAACACCUGGAGAGGUACCAAGUGGCGGAACCCUGCCAGUUGUGCGAAGGGGCCGAGAUGGCCAGGGCUGCCCAGGUGUUUUGCGACCAGUGUUUGGUUUUUUACUGUGGCCCCUGUCGGGAUUCUUGCCACCCGGCCCGGGGGCCUUUGGCCUCCCACUGGCUGGUCAGCGUGGCCGAGGGAAGGGCGCUGCUGAGGGCGCGCCGUCGGGAGAGAGAGGGCAGGUGCGGACAUCACCCUCAGGAGCAUGUGUCCAUGUUCUGCGUCACCUGUAGAGUGCCCGUCUGCGUCCUCUGCUUGCACCACGGGAGGCAUCAUACACAUGACGUUCACGCCCUCAAUGCCGUUACUAAAACACAUAAGACGGAGUUGUCGCAAGCUCUGCAACAGCUAUCCGAGAAGGCCCGGGCGGCUACCGAAUUCAUCCACACGCUCAAGACCCUCUCGGAUGAAGUCCACGGAAACUGCCGUGAGGUGGAAGGGGUCAUCGCUGCCCAAGUGGAUGCCCUGGUGGAGGCUCUGCAAACGAGACGUUCUGACCUCAUCAACUGGGUCAGGAGACAGCGCGAUGCCAAGGUUCAUGCGUUGAGAGAACAGGUACAGGACUACACACAUACCUUGCAGGGCACCACGGCCACCAUCCACUUCUGCAUCGAGGCCCUCAAAGAAUCCGACCCUGCUUCUUUCAUGGAGGCGCAGGCCAUCCUAGAGGAGAGGGUAUGUACAGUCUCGGAGGACUGGGAACGUACCAUGAUACCCGAGCCGAGGGUACCCCCCGUCUUCAACCUCACCUUGGAUGACAAGACGCUCCUGACUGCCAUCCAGCAACUCACGUUUAUACAGUUAAAACGGCCUCAUGUAACACUCCAACAGACAGAUGACGGCUCAGCGCCUGGAACGCCAGCGAUGAUCCCCGAGGAGUGCAGUGCGGAGAACAAUAGUGUCACAAUUGCUUGGGCUCCACAUCACACUUCCUGUGUCACCGGAUACACGCUGGAGAUUGACGACGGUAGCAACGGCCCUUUCAGGGAAGUGUACACCGGAGAGGAGACUGUGUGUACCAUCGAUGGUCUUCAUUUUAACUCUAUUUACAGAGCAAGAGUUAAAGCCUUCAACAAUAGUGGAAGCUCUGCAUUUUGUGAACCUCUUUGUUUACAAACAGCAGCAGUCGCAUGGUUUACAUUUGAAACAAAUCAUGCUGAUCAUACACUGUCGGAGAAUGGUUGCACAGUGAGCUGUGACUCUUACGAACAUCGUGUAGCCUUGGGUAGUGUUGGCUUCUCUAGGGGCAUUCAUUACUGGGAGUUCCACAUAGAACGUUAUGAUGGAAAUGCAGACAUUGCAUUUGGAGUUGGAAGAAUAGACAUAUGCAAGGAGAUGAUUUUAGGAAAAUGUGGUGGCAGCUGGAGUAUGUACAUCGAUGGGGAACGGUCAUGGUUCAUGCAUGGAGGAGAACAUUUUGAUAGAAAAUCUGGAGGUGUAAGAGCAGGGGACACUGUAGGACUAUUACUGAUUUUACCUGAGAAAACCUUAACAUUUUAUGUUAAUGGAGAUUUACAGGGUCGUGUAUCUCUGGCUGGCAUUGGUGGUGUUUUAUAUCCGGCUGUAAGUUUAAACCGCAGCGUAGUUCUAACAGUUCAGACUGGCCUCCAUCCUCCCAAAAAAUAUUUGAAUCCAUCAUCUGAAGCAAAUAUGUAGAAUUAAAGAUCUUUUUUUAUAUAUUUCA